CCCUGUAGUUCCGUGUGCAACUAACGCCUCUCACCCCUCCUGUCCUUUGCGGCUGCGGCUAAAUAAAUUUUCUCGUUUGCCCUUGACAAAUAAUUUGUUGCAACGAUUUCGAUUCCUGCUAAGUCAUAGCGGCCGGUCUUCUAGAAUAAAUUCCAGCAAGAUGCCUACGAAAGCGGUUUGCGUUUUAAACGGUGAAGUAGUGAAAGGAACCGUUUUCUUUAACCAAGCGGACGCAAAUUCACCAGUCGAAGUUACGGGCGAGAUAUCGGGAUUGGGUCAAGGGUUACACGGUUUUCACGUCCACGAAUUUGGCGACAACACCAACGGGUGCAUCUCAGCCGGAGCCCAUUUCAACCCCUACAACAAGGAGCACGGGGCUCCGGAGGACUCCAACCGUCACAUUGGCGACUUGGGGAACGUAGAGGCUGGGAGCAACGGUGUUGCUAAGAUCAAGAUUUCAGACAAGCUUAUUUCUCUGGAAGGGGAGCAUAGCAUCAUCGGUCGUACGGUGGUAGUUCAUGGCGAUCCCGAUGAUUUGGGCAAGGGUGGUCAUGAGUUGAGCAAGUCGACUGGUAACGCAGGGGCCAGGUUGGCUUGUGGAGUUAUUGGCAUUACAAAAGCCUGAAUGGUUCGUUGAAAGCUACAUUCCAGUUCGUUGUUUUUUAUUUUUCAUUUUGUUAAUUUAUGUUCUGAUAAUGUUUGUAGAUUUUGGUUUUAGAAAUUAUAAAUAAAGAUAAAGGGUGUA